CCCAAAGACUCCGUGACUACAUGUACCAGAAUGCACCGCUGCUGUCAGUCGCCCAAGCACUGCACCUUACUGGCGAGGCGCACACCGACAGACAGGGCUGGCAGCUCGCUCCCUUUCAGUACUUCAAACAUGGACCAAGACAAUUCAGAGGAUGAGUCAGUCGGCCAAGAAGAGGAACUGCCGUACCUACCUCCAGAGCUCUCCGACGGUGAGGCAGUGGAGCUGCUUUGGCAGUUGCGAGCUAAGCGCCGUCAGCCGUCUCCAGAGCUCCCGGAGACGGUGACCCGUCUGGCCGCCCCUGAUGGCAGCCUCCUGUACCUGGUGGGAACGGCACACUUCAGUGACAGCAGUAAAAAGGACGUGGCCAUGACGAUCCGCGCCGUGCAGCCAGACGUGGUGGUGGUGGAGCUCUGUCAGUACAGGGUGUCUAUGUUGAAGAUGGAUGAGAACACCCUACUGAGGGAAGCCAAAGACAUCAACCUGGAUAAGGUUCAGCAGGCCAUCAAACAGAAUGGGCUAAUGUCUGGCCUGAUGCAGAUUCUCCUGCUCAAAGUUUCAGCUCACAUCACAGAGCAGCUGGGCAUGGCUCCUGGAGGAGAGUUUCGGGAGGCCUUCAAGGAGGCUGGACAGGUGCCCUUCUGUAAAUUCCACCUCGGAGACAGGCCGAUCCCCGUGACCUUCAAGAGGGCUAUUGCUGCUCUCAGUCUGUGGCAGAAGGCUCGUCUGGCCUGGGGUCUUUGUUUCCUGUCAGACCCAAUCAGUAAAGAGGAUGUGGAGAAGUGCAAACAGAAAGACCUGCUGGAGCAGACCAUGUCAGAGAUGAUUGGCGAGUUUCCCGCCCUCCACCAAACCAUUGUGGCUGAGAGAGACAUCUACCUCACGCACACUCUCCGACAGGCUACACGCUGUGUGGAGGCGCCCCCUAAUGCCCAGAAAGUGCCUGCUGUGGUGGUGGGAGUUGUGGGGAUGGGUCAUGUUCCUGGUAUAGAAAGAAACUGGGAGAAGCAGCUCAACAUUAGUGAAAUCAUGAGUGUCGCGCCUCCGUCACGUUUCGGCUGGGUGUUUCGCACAGUCAUAAAGGGCGUCGUGCUGGGAAUGCUGGGAUAUGCCUGUUACCGUGCUGGAGGCACUUUAGGUAGAGCCCUACUGUCUUUGCCUGCUGUCCAAUCAGUACGGGAGACUCUGCGGCCACCCACUGCUUGACCGCACUGUUUUUUCUCUGAGCCAUCAGUGACACGACCUCUGAUUUAUGAACACAAUGCAUCAUUCACACGUGGCCUUAUAAAACGGGAGGCGAUGCUGGAGGAAAGGGUUCACCAGCCCACACGAUGAACUCACGAGGACCUCAGGGGUUUAGUGCCCCCCAUCUCGUAUUGAUGUCUCUGUAGACGCAGCAGGGGCCGUACUGCCAAAGAAAACCAUGACAGUACUCUUCGCUUUUUAUCUUAUUUGUGCAAAUUCUGCAUUUUGUAUUGUUUACAAAUGCCAAUAAUUCCUUUUGAAUUGAUCUACAUUUCCCCCCACAGUUCUUCCUAAUGACUUACACUCAGAGUUUUGAUUUGAUGAGUACCAUCAGCAAUAUCUCAGUCACCUGCCCUGAUAGGACAGAGACGCUUUCUGAGGGACAGACUUUUCUCAUGCUGCCUCCUUAUUCCGCUCCACUUUCUCAUGCCAGACAGCCUUUUUUGGUAAUUGGCACAUUUCAAGCGUAGCACUUUAGAAGAGACUGGAGUCCUUUACUUUACACGUGGCCUGUGGAAGGGAAAAGAAAGUAAAAUAGCAAAUCAGUUAGAACUUUAACAAAGAAAUUGGAGAAAAUGUAAUCAAGGAAAGACUUUUAAAACCUUCAAUUUUUAAUGGUUGCUGCAUAGGGAGACUCAAGGUAAAUGUCUCAAUUGGAGGUGUGAUCGUGAUUUCCUUAAUAUUUGAAUAUUAUUCCAAACUGACGUACAGGAUUAGAAUAAAAAUGGCUCAUUCCUCAUGUGCAUGGCCCUGCCUCCAUCAACAGUCAAGUGCCUCAUGUUGCAGCUGUAAGGGCUACCGGUGAACUAAAAUGGAACGGCAAAAAACGAGUGUUAUGCAUCUUACAGUUACCGCAACCAAGCGGUUAAUGCAACUUUGUUUCAGUCUGUCCUUUUUAAUAACAUGAGAUAUGGUAGACAAACCUUAUGAAUGCUACAACCCUAAAUGCAGACAUCUGACAACAUAUUUGUCGUCUUCAUUUGACCACGACCCCCAACAUUUUAUAGUCCCUCAUACUGUAUAUUCAUCAGAAACCCAACAAGCUUACAUGUGCCUCAGAAUGAGAACUUCAUCGAUCCUGUGAUUUUUGUAUAUUUGAUCAUACCUCCGUGUUUAGGCUCUUAACUGGUUCCGUCUGUGCAUGAAAGUUUCCUACUUGACACAGAAAUAUGCAUCAAAUACAGAAAGCCUCUCGUGAGAACAUCUGACAUUCAGCACACCAGCUGUUUGUACUCAAAUGAUAUAUGCAUUAUCACUUCCUGGUCUGAUUGUAAAAAGGGGUAAUGGGGACCGAUUGAGCGGACAAUAAAAACGUCAAAUUGAUUAUGAUUUCCCAUAAAAGGGAAGUUAGUUAUGGACUUUUAUGAAGGAAACUGAUAGUUGAGGUUGGUCAGAGUUGGGAGGUAACGCCUUAUGCUGCUGUCACUGCUGCCUUUGACCCUCAGAUUGCCUCUUCUGCUGAGGCUUGUUAUUACUGACAGUGACCUGUAUCCACAGUUCGGAGUCUCUUAUUGCACAUGUAAAAAAAAAUAGACAGAUUACAUCACUGGAAAUUCAGAGGGACAUGUCCCAGUAGGUUUAACAGUCUCUAAAGACAAUUGCACAUUUGCAAGGCUAUAUACCAACAUUGAUUUCCAUCCAUUUUCCCAAUUUUGAUUUAAAGUCGUUUUCUGUACAGGGCAUUAUUUAGAUGUAUUUAUAAGAUACAAGCAGUGUCAUUUCAUGUUGCAAAUGUAAUUAGACCACUUGUAUCCACACUUAUUCAGACAACGUCUUCCAACUCAUAACUGAUUUUUAUUAUCAUAUAAGAAUAGUGAGAAUGUUGAAAGAGCCUCAGCAGUAUAAUCCAGUCAAAUUUAAACAUUGUGUCUAUCUCCAAAUGUUAAAUCCACUGACUGUACCUUUGGGAGUUGCCAAGGAAAAUGUAAGAAUGCUUAUUUCUUUUUUGUUGUAAAAAAUUCUCUCCCCACA